GUGUAAGGGUGCCAUUGCAGGUGAGUAUCACAGGGAAGGGAAAGUGCAAAAGACCUGCUUCCUCAGUUCAAGUAACAGUGGGGCUGUGUAUAAAACUUGUCAGAGCUAUCCUGACAAGGAGUUAUUCGCUACUGCCAAGGUCUGAUACGCGUCAACACGGUCUUACAUCUGGGGCUCACUUAUUUUCCUACUGAUCGUAAUUGUUGUACUCAGUUUAGCUUGCACUCCUUUUUUGCAGGUAAUUACUCAUAUUUAGGACUGAGAGGAUGCAGCCGGUAGGAGCUGUUCUCUGGUUCCUUUUCCCGCUGGUAGUGUAUGCCAGCUCUUCCCUGCCCAACAUAAUUAUCAUUUUUGCGGAUGAUCUGGGCUACGGAGAUUUGGGGUGCUACGGGCACCCUAGUUCACUCACUCCAAAUUUGGAUCAGCUUGCAGCAGGAGGACUGAGAUUUACUGAUUUCUACUCCUCGACAUCUGCCUGCAGCCCAUCCAGGGCAGCAUUACUGACAGGACGGCAUCCGAUCCGAUCAGGGAUCUACCCCAGUGUGUUUAAUUCUGGGUCCCGGGGUGGGCUGCCUCUAAAUGAGACUACUAUUGCAGAAAUUCUCAAACCACAAGGCUAUGCUACUGCCAUUAUAGGCAAGUGGCACCUAGGAUAUGGAGCUAAUGGGAAAUACCUGCCUAUAUACCAAGGCUUUGAUGAUUUUUUUGGGGUACCUUACUCUCAUGACCAGGGUCCAUGCCAAAACCUCACUUGCUUCCCUCCUGACACUAAGUGCUAUGGAACUUGUGACCAGGGACGGGUCCUUCUCCCUGUCUUUCAGAACGAUAAGAUCAUUAAACAGCCAGUUGAUUUUCCUCACCUGGUUGAAGAUUACGAUGAUUUUGCCAGAGAAUUUAUAACCAAUUAUGCAAAAAAGGCUCAACCUUUUUUCUUGUACUAUGCAUCUCAUCACACACACUAUCCACAGUUUGCUGGAAAAUUGUAUACAGGAAGGUCAUUGCGGGGACCCUUUGGAGAUGCGCUCAUGGAGUUUGAUGGUUCUGUUGGUAACAUUGUGCAGACUCUUAGACACAGUGGAGUGGAAAACAACACUUUCCUGUUCUUUACAUCUGACAAUGGCCCUGAAACAAAGAGAAUGUCUCGUGGUGGAAAUUCUGGACUCCUGAAGUGUGGUAAAGCAACAACCUAUGAAGGAGGGAUGAGGGAGCCAGCUAUUGCCUACUGGCCUGGAAAGAUUCCUACAGGAGUGACCCAUGAACUGGCUAGCACCUUAGACCUGUUGCCCACCAUUGCUGCCUUAACUAAAGCCAAGCUGCCCACAGUACACCUUGAUGGUUAUGACUUAACAGAUCUGCUGUUCCAGGGACCAAAGGGUAAAAGCAAGAGGAACACUAUGUUCUAUUAUCCAAUAACACCAUCCAAGAUCCUUGGAAUGUUUGCAGUUCGGUACGGAAUGUACAAGGCACACUUUUUUACUGAAGGUGCCCAACAAAGUGAGAAGACUGCAGAUCCAGACUGCCACAGCACUGCUACUCUCACUGCGCAUUACCCACCUCUACUUUAUGACUUGGAGGCUGACCCUUCAGAAAACUACAACCUGCUUGCUAGUGGUGAGGCAGAGAAGUACACAAGCCUGCUACAACAGAUAGAGCUAGAGAAAGCAAAGUUUGAAGCUGGGAUGGAGUUUGCUGAAAGUGAAUUAAACAAGGGUGAAGACCUCAAUCUGCAGCCUUGCUAUAAUCCACAGUGCACCCCCAAACCAUCCUGCUGUCAUACGCCUGACAUAACUCUGUGAUAUAUGUGUGUGCAUUGUCACUCUCAGAAGACAGGAAUCCUCAAUGUAGCUCAGUAAUUAUUUGGGAUGUGUAAGGUUAACAGUGAAUUUGGGUGCAUCUAGUCUUUGCUUUGUACUGAAAACCUAGCUCUGCAGCUGUACACUGCAUCAUAUUGGACCUGCUUUGUGACAGAACAAUGAAUCAGAUUAUUUGCUCCACUCUACAUUUAAUAAAAAGGUGAUUCAACUGUUAGGAAGCCUGAGAGAUAGACUACUGAUGAAGGAAUUUUUAGUCCUCAGAGAUUAAUUCAACAUUGAAAGGACUUAAUAGUUAAUUUGCACACAACUUAAGCAUAUCUAGCUUCAUUCUAAUAAUAAGAAGGAAGGGAAAGCAAGAUUAUUACUCUGGAGCAAACUGUCUAAAGUUAAAACGGGUAGAAUGUACUUUUAAAGCAUUUGAGCAACAAAUUUGCUUUGUUUUAUAAUUUGCAUGUUCUUUUGCAUUGAGUUCCGUUAACUGGCAGUGAUCAAUAGCAGUGAACAGCAUUUUAUAGUAUAAGAAUAUUCUAUAUGGCUGAUGUUUUUCUUAAGUAUCUGCAUCCAAAAUUCCACUCUCUCUUUAUGUCUUGAACUUCCCCAUGCUUCAUCAUCAUAAAUAUUCUAUUUUGAAUUAUAACCUUCUUCUUGUGUUAUAUAUAUGAGCCUUAACUGUGUAGCUCCAAAAUAUCCCCUCAUCAGAUAAUCCUAAACCAUUUUAUUUUUCUUGAAAAUAUAAGCUUAUCCCAGUUAAAUCUUGCCCUCUUCCCUUUCCCAGAUAAAUUUCUUUAACUGUUUUUUAAUUAUUAUCCUUAUUAUCCAUAUUGAGGAUACCUUAGAGCGGUGGAGAUAUGCUCUAGAGAGGAGAGGAAUGAAGGUCAGCAGGACUAAGACAGAAUAUGUGUGUGUGAAUGAGAGGGAGGAUAGAGGAAUGGUGAGGAUGCA